CUGCUGUCUGUCUGUGGUUAGAGAGAGAGAGAGAGAGAGCAGCACCAUCAACCAGCAUCCUCCUCCAGCUCACGAUGGAGCCUGAGCCAGUGAUGGAGCUGCAGUAGAGAUCCAGUAAGGGGAGAGGAUGCUGCGGCUGUUGGGACACAAACCGAGCCGCCGUGUUUAGCCCGUGUCAGCUGCACCUGCCGUGGAUGAUUUUACCCCGAUGGGUUGCGGAGGGAGUCGGGCGGACGCGAUCAUCGAGCCCAGGUACCAUGAGAGCUGGACCAGAGAGACGGAAUCGACGUGGCUCACCAACACGGACGUAGAAACCUCUCUACCAGUAGGAAACAGUAAAGCUCUGGAGGCUAGUCUGAGUCUGAGGGAGAAGAGGAUGGUGAACACAGGCACCCAGUGUGGGAAGCAGGCCCUCACAUCCACUGGAUCCAACAACCACCAGAGGAGACCCAGGCGCUCCUUGAGUGAUGUAGGUGUCACUGGUAGCAGCAAACCACUCGUGACACCAAAAGGAGGGCAUCAAAAGAAGCCAGCGCGUUGUCUAAGGAUGGGCAGCCCGUCAAUAUCAACAAUAGUGGAGACGCAGAGCCUGGGGACGUGUGUGAUGAAAGAUGAAGAAAAGCCUCUGUGAAGAGGAAGAUGGACGGAGCUGUGAAAAACUCACCAGAAGAUGGGAUGCUGAUUUACAGAAGCGUGUGAAUGAUGUUUGAUAGUGACUUAGCGAGAACUCGGCUGUCGAUCUCAGUGAUUUACAACAUAAGCACCUGCAUAAUGUCUCCAUCCAAAGAUCUGGGGAUGCUGCAUCUUUUGUCGUGCCAUUGCAAAUGCAUGCGUGAAGCGAAGCAGAGAACGGAUCACAAACUGUGUUCACCAUGCUUUUCUCCCAUGCUUAUGGUGCUGGUCAGGGAAUGAGUCACUGUGUUAAGACAAUUUUUAAAGAAAACAAGAACAGACCGUCUCGUAUGCACAUGAUAAUCACAGUCUGCACAUCCGAUGUUUUCUGUGUGGGGCCUUCCUUAACAAUUUGCUUCAGUUCUUUGUGCAAGUAUAUUCCUUUUUGUUGUGAAUGAAAACCAAUGAUGAUGCUGUUUAACCUCAGUAUAGAUGCUGUAAAUGAUUUUCAUUUAAAAGACCCUGAAGUGCUGUUUAGAAACUGAGAUUUGGAGGUUUUGACGCUUGAAGGCUGAAGACUGUCUUUUCCAGCCUUUGCAAGAUAAAGAAACAAACACACCCGCAUGUGCCUACAAUUCAUCUUGAUCUGAACUGCUCCUAUUUUCACUUUGAGAGCUUGUUUUCUUCAGUAUUAUGUGUUCUCUUACAUCUUUUAUAUCAUUUGAUGAUUAUUAUUUACCAUUAUUAUGUAUUGUGAUGACGAGUCAUUUGUGUGGCUGACACUGAUCUGCAUGUUUAAAUCAAUUUCAAGUUGAUUCAGCAUUGGUGGCAAAAUGUCUCUGCCCAAACAUUAUCAAAAGCAAGCUGUCUGAGAUAAAACGUUUUGCUUAUUUGGUACACGUGAAAACAGAAAAACUGCACUAAGAAGUACUGUACAUUCAGGAAGGCUCAUCAGGAAAGUGAGAGUUGUGGCCAACAGAUGGCGCUGUUGGCCAGUCUGACCCAACAUGUUCUGCUUGUGAUAUUUUGUUAGACAGCAAGAGUUUUUGAUGAUUCACUGAGAUGAUAAUGUUGACAUGUGUACAGGCCAACUUUUGUGAUGGAAAACAACAUUUAAACACACAUUUUUCUUCUUUGAAUUAAAAUUGUUGUCAGCUUCUUAAGUUGUGAAUCUCA